AUUACAAAAUAAUUUACGAUGACGACGAGCUACAUCACCCAGGUUCUGCCACGUGUCCUGAUCGUUAAACGUCCCGCCGCCAUGAGAGUGUUGGGCGAUAGUUUCGUUGCCUCAACCAAGUUCGAGAUUGUGAAAGCCUUCGAGUCUCCGCUCCCUCUUCCUGAGUUCUUGGCCGAUCAGUCUCACCCCGUCUCCGCUAUUAUAGCUCCUGUACAUGUUCCCGUCACAGCCGAUCUGAUUCGCCUCCUCCCGAAUCUUCGCUUGGUUGUUACUACCAGUACCGGCGUUGACCACGUUGACCUAGUUGAGUGUCGUCGUCGAGACAUCUCCGUCGCCAACGCUGGCUCUAGCUACUCGGAAGAUGUCGCAGAUACUGCCGUCGGUUUACUCAUUGACGUUUUCCGGCGCAUCUCCGCCGCUAAUCGGUUCGUUAAGCAACGGUUGUGGCCACUCAAAGGGGACUAUCCCCUCGGUUCCAAGUUGGGGAGAAAGCGAAUCGGAAUAGUGGGACUUGGAAGCAUUGGUUCGAUGGUAGCGACAAGGCUCGAGGCCUUUGGUUGCCAAAUUUCAUACAGCUCAAGAAACAGAAAACCAUCUGUUCCGUAUCAUUAUUACACGGACGUACAGGAGAUGGCAGCUAACAGUGAUGCACUCAUAAUCUGCUGUGAAUUGACUGAUAAGACAUUGCAUUUGAUCAAUAGAGAUGUUUUUGCUGCUCUGGGUAAGCAAGGAGUGAUCGUUAAUGUCGCUCGUGGGGCUAUAGUCGAUGAGGAUGAACUGGUGAGAUGUUUGAGAGAAGGUGAGAUUGGUGGAGCUGGUUUGGAUGUUUUUGAAGAUGAGCCUAAUGUUCCUAAGGAGCUUUUUGAAUUGGAUAAUGUUGUUUUGUCUCCACACUGUGCUUAUACGUCUCUGGAAGGUCUUGAACAACUUGGGAAUGUUUUUGGUCUGGAAUAUUGAAGCUUUCUUCUCUAAUAAACCUCUUUUAACUCCUGUUCUUUGAUCUUUACCAAAAAAAAACUCCUGUUCUUUGAUGUGUCAUUGUUGUCAAGGUGUAAAGAUGAGAAAGUUGUCGUCAAGAGAAGUUGUUUUCAAGUUUCAA